CCUGCCUCGUGCUCCGCCUCCCAGGCUCCCACGCCCGCCGCCCCCUCCCCCUCUACUUCUCCCUCUGGUCUUCCACCCCCACGCCACGCACGACGCCGCGCACGCAGACGCAGUGAGCCCUGUGCCCUGCGGGCGUCGCCGGUCGCUCCCACACUGCCACCCAUUACUACCCUCCCGCCCGCCCGUCCGCCCCCACCUGCCUUCUCUCCACUCCCCGGGCCCGACGAGCACGCCGCCAGGGGAGGGAAGCCGAGGCCGGGGCUAGGCUAGGCUAGCUAGCUGCGCCCCCUCAUGGCCGGGGACCGCUCGCCCGCGGCGGAGCGGCGGCGGGGGAUCCGGCGCCUCCUCCUGCACCCCCGGGGCGAGGGCUCGUCGUCGUCGCCGCCCCCGCCGCUGCCGCUGUCGCCUUCCCCGCCCGCGGCGGAGGAGGGGAGGCGGAAGGGGUUCGCCUCGGCGGCGCUGCGCGGGCUGGGGUGCACGUCGGCGGCGGCCUCGCAGGCGUACGCGCCCGGGGGGGCGGCGGCGGCGGCGGCCGUGCGGUCGUCCGCGGACUGGCAUGGGCGGCGGCGGCGGAGGGGGAAGGAGAGGAGGAAGGAGCGGGGCGGCGGGGGUGGGGGCGGGGGAGGUGGUGGGCUCGUGACCGGCGGGAUCGGCGCCGACGUCUGGUGCGCGCCCGGGAUACCCUUCGCCGCGGAGGCAUCCUCGGUGGACUGCGUGGUGGCGCGGCACCAGAUGGUGGGGAGGGGCGGCCGCGGCGCCGACGGGGAGAGGUCCCACAGGGAGAGGCCGUGCUUGUCCCGGAGGGCGACCGUGCAGGAGCAGAUAUCCUCGUCAUUCAUGGACUCGCCACCGCCGCCCCACCUCGACGCCCCCUUCUUCGGUGCCGACCUCAUCCCCUCCGGCCGCCUCCGCCGGAUGCGCGGGUACCGUCACUCCCCCGGCGGCCUCGAAGAAGAGAUCAUGAUGUUUCAGACAAGAGUAUUGCUGGGAGGUAUGAACAUGUAUGAUCGCUACCAGGAUUGGCGCCUUGACGUUGAUAACAUGACAUACGAAGAGUUGCUCGAUCUCGGAGACAAAAUUGGGUAUGUCAGCACAGGGUUGCGUGAGGAUGAGAUUACUCGCAGCAUUAGGAAGGUCACACAACCAUCCUUCGGCUCUUUCCGUUUUGCAACAGAAAUGGAAAGGAAAUGCAGUAUCUGUCAAGAAGAAUUUGAAGCUAACGAAGAGAUGGGAAGGCUGGACUGUGGCCAUAGCUACCAUGUGUACUGCAUCAAGAAGUGGCUCUCUCAGAAGAACACCUGCCCAGUUUGCAAGACUGCUGUCACCAAGACUUGAAAUCCAAACUCCAUGCACGUUCUGUAGAACUGGUGGAAUCUGUGGUCCUGUACAGCCCAUUAUAUAUAAUAUUAUUAUAUAAACGCAACAUCCAUUCGUUGCAUCUUGCAGAAAGAAAUGUCAUUUUCUGGCUCUUUCAUCAAAUCUAUGGGUUCUGAAUUCUGAUACCUUCUUGUUGAGGGUAAUUUCAAAGAAAAGUUUUGCAGUGUGAA